GCUGCACUUGAACGCAUCAUUUUGCUUCCUCUUGCGCGUCUCGAAACAAAAACAAGCAGAGAGAUCUGAUCACAUGUAGUCCGACCAGCAGCAGCAGCACAACAAGAGGAGGAGGAAGGAAGCAGUCAGUCAGAGUCAACACUCCUCCAGCUCCUCUCCCCGGCUCCUCCAGCUGCUCUCCCCGGCUCCAGAGCGCUGUGUCCCGGCCGCUCAGAGCUCCUCUCAUGGUUCACAUGGUUCUCCUCCGGAACAUCUCCAUCGCUCUGACCGCCGCCGUGGCUGCUCUGGGAUCCGCUCUCUUCAUCGCCUUGAACUUCUUCUACAAGAGGCGGAUAUGGUCUCCACAGGCGGAGUACUGCACCAUCAAAGAGGAGGAGGAGGAGCGCGGGAAGCGUCAGGUCCUGGUCCUCGGUCUGGACGGAGCCGGGAAGAGCAGCAUGUUGCAGGGUUUGACUCCCGGCGGCGAGUCGGCGGCUAAGAGAGGCCGCUGCCGGCCCACCCGCGGCUUCAACUUCAUGAGCCUCAGUGCCCCCGCCUGCCAGCUCGACUUCCUGGAGAUCGGUGGCGGUGAGGACCUGCGACGGUACUGGUCGGACUACCUGAGAAAGACUCACGUUCUGGUGUACGUGGUGGAUUCCUCCGACAGGAGCCGCCUCCCAUUGGCCAAGGCUGAGCUGCACCGCCUGCUGAGGGUGGAGCCCCAGCUGCCCGUGGUCGUCCUGGGAAACAAGCAGGAUAAGCCCAACGCUGUGAGCGUGUCGGAGCUGCAUCAGGCCUUGUCUCUGGGCUCCGUGACCGAGGACAGGAAGCUGUUCCUCUUGGCUGCCCAGCUGGGCUCUGAUGGGGCCCUGAGGAACUCCUGCCGCGGCCUGGACAAAUUCCAGGACCUCCUGCUCCAGCUCGUCUGAUCUCAUCCCUCCUCCUCCUCCUCCUCUUCCUCCCGGAGCAGAGGAGAUGGAGGGAUGGAAACAAAAGGGAUGGCUUAAAGCAAUCUUCCUCCUCCUCUUCCUCCUCAUUGUUUAAGCCGCCCUGGCUUUAUUUGAGGCAGAGGAGGAGGAGGAGGAGGAGAUGACGAAGGCUGCGGGAACUGAGGCAGAGAAAUCACUGAACAAGACGCCAACAUGGAGCCUUGCAGUACCUCCUCGUCUUCCUCCUCGUCUUCCUCCGCCUCAGUUUGUUUUAGAAAAUCCUUCAGCUCAUCCCAUCUUUUCCUCCGACUCGACUCGUCCUACUCACCGGAGGACAAGGAGGUGCAGAGCGAGGAGGACAGAAGGAGGAAGGUCUGCUCACGGAGUCUGUGACUCAGGACCACAGCGUCCACCUCCUGCCAAUGAUUCAGACUCCGGACGCCACUCUGAAUGUCAAACUGUGACUGUUUAUUUAAGCAUGUAGAUUAUUCUGUAUAUAAACUGAAAUAUGUAAAGUCUGUUGAUGCGUUUACAGAUUUCGUUGAUGUUUUCUGAAAAAAGCUUUUUUUGUGUGUGUGACCAGAGAAGUCAGUCAGCAGAGCAGAACAGGUAAUAUUCAGGGUUGCCAGGUUGGGCGGCCCCCCGGGGGACUAAUGCUGCACCAGCUCAGUGAACUCAUCGACUCCGUGUUUGACUCCUACGCUUGUAUAGGCUUCUCUGAGAUCUGGGGGAAGAAUUUCACGAGGGAAUUUAAAGGGAGCUUUUGAAAAGCAGUUUUAUUUUUCUUGUCAAAAUUCUUGUUUCGUUUAAAAGGUGCAGAGUGUAGGAUCUGGCGGCAUCUAGAAAAUAGGAAUGUCCCUAUCUCGAUACAGGGGUUUGGUUUGUCCGUUCUGGGCUACUGUAGAAAC